AUGUGGCGAAUAAUAAAAAACCGAGAGCUCCGAGAACUGUACAAAGAACCGGACAUUGUAGCCAUAGUGAAGAGUAGACGACUGAGAUGGGCAGGCCAUGUAGAAAGAAGGGAAGAAGAAAGUAUGCUUAAGAAGAUCGCCAAUGGACAACCACGAGGCACUCGCCCGCUAGGAAGACCGAAGUUGAGAUGGAGAGACCAAGUCCAGAAAGACCUACACAGAGUGGGGGCAUCUCUUGACAUGGCGGCAGAUCGGCAGCAGUGGAGACAACUUGUUAACCUUUUAUCCAUGUGGAAUCCUAAAUACUUAACGCUGUCCACUUCUGUCAACGCUAUGUUAUUCAAAGUAACUGGAGGGCAGUUUUCUUGUCUCGGCGUGAAGGUUAAAGUCAUGACCAACGAUCAAGGGCAUGACUUUAACCAACCUACAACUGGGCGGUCGGACAUUGCAAGCAAAAGUUUUUGUCGGUGGUGUUUGGGUGUGUUGAGCCUGUUGUUCUGUUGGGACCGAGUGGUCAGCCAGAAUUCUGAGUGUGCCGUCACGCUUGAAGCCACGGGCCGCAUAGAGGGCCGAGCUCUAUGUUUGAGAUACGCCGACAUCAACAACGCCUUCGCCAAGGCGCGGGCAAGGGUAGGUCUCGCCGCCCCAGCCAGGGAACCUAUAUCGGACCCGGCCCUGGGACAGCUUGGGACAGCCCUGCAGGAGACUACCAGGAUACUGGCUAGCAGGUUUAAUCUUAACGGCAUCGAGGUGGAAGCGGCGCUGCCUAGGAUAGACACUAGCUACACCGACAUCUGGGACUACUGCCCCCGGUACCUACGCCGCCCCCAGGCCUGCCGCCCCCAGAGAUACAGACGUCACGACGCUCUCUGCAACAACCUAGAGAACCCGACCUGGGGCGCCGCCCGCACACCGUUCCGGCGUCUGGUACCUCCGGAGUAUGGGGAUGGCAUCAGUUCUCCAAGGGUCGGCUCCGACGACUUCCCACUGCCGCCUCCUCGCCAUGUGUCCGCCAGAGUACACAAGGAUGUCUCCCAACGUCACGAGCACGGAGUGUCCUUCAUGUUCGUCGCCUGGGGUCAGCUGGUGGACCAUGAUCUCACACUUACCGCGGAGACUAAAGACCCGGUGACCCGGCGGGACCCUGACUGCUGCCACGGGGGCGGCGUCGACCCCAACUGUAUGCCUCUGGAGGUUCCUCCCCACGACCCCUUCUACAGCCAUUACCACCAGAGGUGUCUCAACAUGCUGAGGUCCGUGGCGGGGGUGCGGCCUGGCUGUCGUCUUGGCAGCAGAGUUCAGGUCAACUCCCUCACCUCCUUCAUAGACGCCAACUUCGUGUACGGCUCGAGCUACAAGGUCGCCGACUCCUUAAGGUCUCUCCAGGGCGGCCUCCUUAGGACCGUCCCUGUCUUCGACGACCUUGGUCUCCAGCCUCUGCUGCCUCCCAAGACCCAUCAGCCUGAUGACGGGUGCAUCCGCCCCACACCGGACGACUACUGCUUCUUGGCUGGUGACAACAGAGUAAACGAACAGCUGGCCUUGGGUGUGCUACACACAAUGUUUGUGAGGGAACACAACCGCAUUGCCAAGCAACUGUCAAAGAUCAACCCCCACUGGGACGACGAGACUUUGUACCAGGAGGCCAGACAUAUUGUUGCCGCUAUGGUGCAACACAUCACCUUCUCAGAGUUCCUACCCUUGCUGCUGGGGGAGUCCACCAUUAGGAGGUACGGCCUGACACUUAGACAACAGGGCUACUCGGACGACUACAGUCCCCAGGUAGAUGCCUCAGUUCCUGCAGCGUUUGCAACGGCCGCCUUCCGCUUCGGUCACUCCCUGCUGCCCCGUGCCCUGGAGCGGUGGAGCCCCUCGCACCAGUAUGUCGGAGCCCGUCGCCUCAGUGCCAUGUUGCAGCAACCCUGGGAUCUCUACAAGCCGGGAGCGUACGACCAAUACAUCCUUGGUAUGACCAAUCAACUAGCGCAAGCCAUGGACGACUCUAUCACUGAAGAGGUGACAAACCACUUGUUCCAAGAGCCAGCCCAGGGCUGGGGCCGUGACCUGGCAGCUAUCAACGUGGCGCGAGCCAGAGAGCAUGGCGUCCCAGGGUUCAACCGGUUCCGGCGUCUUUGUCGUCUGCCAGACAUGUUCUCAUGGUCGGAUAUGAUACAUCAUAUGUCCAACGUUACUGUCACUCACUACCACGAGAUGUUCAGCCAUCCAGAUGACGUAGAUCUGUGGUCGGCCGGUGUCGCAGAGAAGCCGCAGCGAGGCAGCAUGGUUGGACCAACGUUCAACUGUCUGAUUGCUAUGACAUUCCGAGAUCUCAAACGAGGUGAUCGCUUUUGGUACGAGAAUGGGGGAUGGCCGAGCUCUUUUACCCUGGAACAACUGGACGAGAUCAGGAAGGUGCGUUUGUCCCGUUUGGUUUGUGACAACAGCGACACUGUAGAAACUAUCCAGCUGAAGGCCAUGGAGAUCCCAGACUUUGCCAGAAAUCCCAGAGUGCCAUGCAACAGCAAAACUUUACCUCGCAUCAACUUGUGGCUGUGGAGGGAUCCCCAACUUGAGGAAGACUUUGAGCCCUCAAACAACAAGGAGACUGUUAUAAUAGAAGAGACCCACAAUUUAGAAUCUCCUGAAGACAAUGAAGAAGAGUCAAAUAGAAUAACAACAACGACAGAGAAACUUCCAGAAGAAGAGGAGGAAAUUAAAGUAGACUAUCACGUAAUAAAAGUUGACAACAAGCCUGUCCUGCUAGAAAGUAUUGAUAAACUUAUCCACAAUCUUAAAAAUACUAAUAAAUCCAGUCAGCUAACUCCCCCACUACAAGAGGAAGAAACAAUAUUGAACAUAAGCUAGUUUCUCGAAUUUCUUUGUUUAGGAGACAAAUUUUGUGAUUAUUAAUGUACCAAAAAUGUUAAA